CUAACCUCAUUAAUAGCACCGUUUCGCCUUUAUUCCUCUGAAACUAUAUAUAAUACUCUUCUUCAAAUUUUAAUCUCAAUCAAAACUCUUUGUGCUCUCUACGAUGAAUCCCAACGGAGAAUCCACUGUCUCCGGAGGAAACAAGACGGCAAGGCCGUUAUCUCCUCUCCCAAUCUGAUUGAACCAAUCGUGAACACUGGUGUCUCAUCCGGUUGAUCGAUCAGCAAAACGUGUGUCUCCUCCGGCGUAUCCGGUGUCUUUUCCGGCGUAUCGAUCAAAGCUAGGGGCAAAGUCGCUGCCUCCUCUACCAUGCCGAACAAGCCAAACGUUCGCAGCGCUGUUUCUUCCGGCAAAGUUUAUGAAUCGAUGUUCUUCGAAGACGUCACUCUCGGACCACAUGAAGGAGAGGUUAGGUUUCGGCUGAUCCAUUAUCAGAAAUUAGAUCUUAUAAAUCAUAUCAACAUGCAUUGAAAAUGUUAGUGUUGUGUCGUUGAAACUUUCCAUACAGCAUUCGCAGUUAAGAGGCUCCUCUGUUCCAUAAUGCAUUCGAACUUCUCUUACAUUAAUAAUAAAUUUGAAAUCUACACUUACGUUCAAUACUGUUCUGUUUAACCAGUAAAAUUCACAAAACAAAUUAAAGACACUAUUAUAUAAAGCCGCAUUUAUGUGAACUCUGUAAAAACAAUAAUAUUAUAAGAUUCAUUUUCUGCUUAACAAUGGAGGCAGAACUCGAGGUGAGUAGGGCAAGUACUAUUAUUAUCAGUAGUACUUCUUUAUAUCUCGGCAUUCCUCUUCUUGCAAGCAUUGGUUCAGAUUCCAAAAGGUUAAAUCUUUAUACUUUUUCUUUUCUUUUAUAUUCUAUUCUUUCUUUGAUCAACACUGCAUGAAUGAAUCAUAUAAUAAUAAUCAGUUUUGAUUCAGACAUGUUAUUCUUUGAUUGUACUCACAGUUUUGGUAACUUUUUUAAAAAAUGAUAAUAUUUAUUGUUGUGUAGAAAACAGAGAGAAGAAGAGCACUGUGAAGUAUUAUCAAUGGAGAAAGAGAUUUACAGAAUAUAUAAUUCAAGAGAAGGGAUAUAAUGUGUUUGGAUGUUUAUGAACAGCAUGUUUGAUUUCAGACAUGGUGGAUCUAUCCAUAAGCUUUUGAUGGAUAAGAAACGUGGAAGCAAAAGAAUCGUAGGUGUUGAGACUAUGGUGGAGAAGCAGCUUACCUGUGACUGCUACUUUGAGAGUGAAGCUGAAAUGCAGUGUGUCAAGAACCUCACUGAAGAGGAAGAGACUCAGCAAAAGUGUGAUACUAAAUGCAGAGGAAAGACAAGGAGAAGAAGAGAAGAAGAACAUGCAGCAAAACCAACAGUGAGGAUGUUAAUGAUCAUGCAGACAAGAAACCAGAGGAUCAUCAGAGGGAUGCUGACUCAGUAGAUGAUUAUUCAGAAGAGAAGUUCAGUGAGUUGAUACAGUGGCGAGGUAGAGAACUGCAAGAGCCUUGUGGAUGCAUCUCAGUUCUUGGAUUCUAAACAAGGAUCAUUCCGGGACAUUGGUACUUCACCAGUUUCAGGAGAUUCUCAGAGAAUCAAAGAAACACAAACAAUUGUAAUCUUGAAGCCUGAACCAAAUGGACUGGUUCCUGGUUCAUCACCUGGAACACAAACUACAUGCAACAAUGCGAAAAGUGGGAAAUCCGGUUCUCGCUUCAUUCUCAGUAGAAUCAGAAGAAGACUAAAAUCUUCUGCUAAGAAGAAUCCAUGUAAUGCUGAUUGUAAUUAUCCUUUUUUUGCUGCUACAAUGUUGUUGUUGUAAUUAUCAUAAUGAUAGUGACAUACACAUGUCCAAAA